AUGGGAUACUUUGUUUCCAAGUCCUCUGCUCUGGCCUUCACUCCUCCUUCCUCUGACAAGUGGACAGCGAUCGAUCCAGGGCAGAGCGAGGCCGUGGAGGUGGCCCGCCUUUCCGACCUCUCUAAUCCCCAGCUCCUUAACAGCACUGAGCAAGCGCCCCGGAGGCAGGCAGGGAUCAGGCCCCUCCGGAGAGAGCUCUACCGUCAGGGAGGGAGGGAUGCGGGUCGGAUCCCCGGGAUUCACAGCAUCAGUCUGAGUGGAGCUUGUUGUGUCUUUGUGAAGUUCCCGGUGAAUGAGAUUAUUCCACAGUACAUAAAGAAGUGGAUAGGAGUUGUUGGUGAUAUCCCUGACUGA